UUCGUGAAUCCCCGUAGGAUCCCCUCCAAACGUGAAAGAUCGUCCACAUAGGGUUCCGCCCUACAUCAAUCGCCUUCAGCAUUCUUGCCACGAUUGUCGUCAUGGCGCUCAGGUACCCACUGAGCACCCUCUACACAAGUAGCACGACGGUGAUUGAGGCCGUCAUCGCACUGAUGCUGUUGCUGGCCAUCAGCAUCUUCUUGAAUGGGAUCCAACCAAUCCUCUCAGGAGUCGCCGUCGGGACCGGGUGGCAAGUCAUAGUUGCCUAUGUCAACGUUGGGGCUUACUACAUCAUCGGGCUUCCAAUCGGAUGCGUUCUGGGGUUCAAAACAAGCCUGGGAGCAGUUGGGAUCAGGUGGGGCUUGAUCAUAGGGGUCGCGGUGCAGACGGUGGCUCUGAUCGUCAUCACGGCCAGGACCAACUGGGACAGCGAGGUGGAGAAGGCGAUCCAGCGGCUGCGGCACACCGCCGCAGACGAGGGUGGCAUGGUGGUCGACGACGACGUCUAAUGACCGGGCCCAUGGAUGUGUCUGGGGCUCUGUUUGGUGGCCAUUGUUUGCUAGGAGCUGGUGCCGAACUUUUAUUAUCAAGAGGCUAUGGUGCCUUUGGGUUUGUGCAAUAAGUUGA